CUUUGUAGUUGUUCUCGUCCUGCCAUGACACGAACCAUGAUCCACGAAGUCGUCGGCUCCUCCUCACCCAGCCCCAUCGUGGUCGACGGGACUUCAUUCGCCCUCAACGGCAAAAACGUCUCGUACCGCUUCCACAUCGAUGCCCCCACCGGCGACCUCAUCCUCAACCACUUUGGCGGGCCGGUAACCGAGGACCCCGCCGAGGACGCCGGCCCCAACGGCGGCGGCUGGUCCACGCAGCUGCACCUCCGCCGCGAGUUCCCUGACCUGGGCAGGGGGGACUUUCGCACGCCCGCCGUGCACAUCAAGCAUAGCAAGGGCUAUGCGCUGAGCGACUUCAAGUACAAGUCGCACGAUGUGAUCAAGGGAAAGCCCUCUUUGCCCGGUCUGCCUAGCACGUUUGGCCGCGACGACGAGGUCGAGACGUUGGUGCUGCACCUGUGGGAUAGCUGCAGCUCUGUCGCGGCGGAUCUGUACUACUCUGUGUUUCCGAAGCACGAUGCUAUUGUGCGGAGCGUGAGGAUCACGAAUAAGGGGAGCAAUGCGAUUAGCGUUGAGAAGUUGGCGAGUUUUAGUGUGGAUUUUCCGCAUGAUGAGUAUGAGAUGCUGCAUUUGCAGGGGGAGUGGACUAGGGAGUGCACGAGGACGCGGAGAAAAGUCGACUAUGGACUUCAGGGAUUCGGGAGCAACACCGGCUACUCCUCUCACUACCAUAACCCCUUCCUCUCCCUCGUAUCCCCCACAACCACAGAGUCCCAAGGCGACGCCUGGGGCUUCUCCCUAGUCUACACGGGCUCGUUCCAGAUCGAGGUCGAAAAGUCUCCCCAGGGCCUCACCCGCACCCUCGUCGGCAUGAACCCCUGCCAGCUCUCCUGGCCCCUCAAGCCCGGCGAUACCCUCGUCUCCCCAGAGUGCGUGUCCAUCUUCUCCUCCGCUGGCAUAGGCGACAUGUCUCGCAAGUUCCACCGGCUCUACCGCCAGAACCUCAUCAAGAGCAAGUUCGUCCACGAGACGCGCCCCGUCCUACUUAAUAGCUGGGAAGGCCUAUAUUUUAACUUUGAUGAGGAUACUAUCUAUAAGCUUGCUCAAGAGUCGGCAGAACUAGGAGCUAAGCUCUUCGUUCUGGAUGAUGGGUGGUUCGGCGAUAAGUACCCUCGCGUGGACGACCACGCUGGGCUGGGCGACUGGGUCGUUAACCCGAGGCGGUUCCCCAACGGGCUGAAGCCGCUAGCGGAUAAGAUUAAUAAGCUGAAGGCAGCGGGGUCGGAUGAGACGCUGCAGUUUGGGCUGUGGUUCGAGCCAGAGAUGAUUAAUAAGAGCUCGACGCUUUACGAGGAGCAUCCCGAGUGGGUGCUGCAUGCGGGUGAAUACCCGCGUAGCGAGACACGGCAGCAGCUGGUGCUAAAUGCGGCUAUCCCCGAGGUUCAGGACUUUAUCAUCGAUUCAGUGGCCAAUAUCCUGGAGACAGUGCCGGUGGCAUAUGUCAAGUGGGAUAAUAAUAGGGGCAUGCAUGAGAGUCCUGCCCCUGAUAACCACCACGCCUACAUGCUAGGCAUAUACCGCGUCUUCGAGGAGCUAACCACCCGGUUCCCUAACGUCCUCUGGGAAGGCUGUGCCUCCGGCGGUGGUCGCUUCGACGCCGGCAUCCUCCAGUACUUCCCCCAGGUCUGGACGUCCGACAACACUGAUGCCCUCGACCGCAUCCACAUCCAGUUCGGCACAUCCCUCGUCUACCCCCCGUCGUCUAUGGGCGCGCACGUCUCUGCCGUCCCCAACGAAGUCACCGGCCGGACCACACCCAUCCGCUUCCGCGCCCACGUCGCCAUGAUGGGCGGCUCUUUCGGGCUGGAGCUCGACCCGGCGCACAUGCCCGCCGAGGACAAGGCGCAGAUCCCGGACCUGAUCCGCCUGGCGGAGAAGAUCAACCCCAUCGUUAUAGGAGGAGACAUCUGGCGGCUAAACCUGCCCGAGUCGUCGAACUACCCGUCUGCGCUAUUCAUAUCCGAGGACGGGAGCCAGGCGGUGCUAUUUGCGUUCCAGAUCAGGGCGACGACGGUGCAUAACUUCCCGCUGCUGAGGCUGCAAGGGUUGGAUCCGCGGGCGACGUACAGGCUUGAUGGCGGGAGGACGAUUUCGGGCGCGACGCUGAUGAAUGGGGGGAUCCAGUUCCGGUUUGGGACGGACUAUGAUAGCAAGGUUGUGCUGCUGGAGAGGGUAUAG